AUGAAAGAGCUAACAAGCUGUUUUCCAAAUGGUCAAGUUGGUUCGCUAUAUAUUGCGUUGUAUUCCACCAAGAGCAAUCGGAUUCGUGAAAAGUAUAUUCUUAAAUUCAAUGAUUUGAUCAGUUUGGGCUUAACACACUUGCCACCUUCCUUAUGUACUGAAACAGAAGAUGAAGUAACUAUUGACGAAACCCCCAUUAACGUUGAGGAAAUCAAUUGGGACGAUAUAUUUGCUCAAUUGAAAACACUAUUGUUCAAGCACAUAGAGGAGCUCAAACGAAUAUGUCUGUCACAAGUUGAAUUGCCAGACCUCUUUUUCAAAGUUCUCAUUGAUGCUAAUGAAACUCAAUCUCUACAGGGGAUAGAUAAUGAUUGGGUACAAAUUUCAGUAAGCAGUAAGUUGGAAGACGCGACUGAUCAAUUUCAAUCUAAAGUGGUGCUUAUUGGUGAUGCAAGCAUGGGAAUCUUGAAUUUUGACGUUCAUAAUGAAUACUCCGUUGAAUAA